AUGUGUUUCUCCUGCUUUGGUGAUGCAGAUAGAGAGGGAAGUAUGGAUGGAAGAAAUAGCACAGCCGUGACCUAUUUCAUUCUGAUUGGGCUUUCAGAGCACCCCAGGGCUCAGGCCAUCUUCUUCUGCCUGCUCCUGGUAUCCUAUCUUGUUACCUUGCUGGGGAAUGUCCUUAUUCUCUUCUUGAUCCACUAUGAUUCCCAUCUCCACACACCCAUGUAUUUCUUUCUCAGCAACCUAUCCUUCCUGGAUAUCUGCUACACUUCAGCUAGUGUCCCUCAGAUGAUCAUUAACUGUUUAGUCAGAAUUCCUAUCAUCUCCCUUGGCCAGUGCUUGGCACAGAUGUGUGCUGGCCUCUACUUGGGAGUUGUGGAAUGUCUCCUGCUGGCUGUCAUGGCCUAUGACCGUUGCAUAGCCAUUGGUGACCCUUUACGCUACUCAGUGAGGAUGGGUCCCCAGUUCUGUAUCUGGCUUUCAGUAGGGUCCUGGGUCUCAGCCUUUUUCCUCACUGUAAUCCCAACCCUGAUCACACCACUAGAGUUCUGUGGCCAGAACAUCAUCAACCAUUUCUCUUGUGAGCUCUUGGCUGUCAUCAAAAUUGCUUGCAAUGAUCUGAGAUACAAUGAAUAUUUUAUGAUGGCCUCUAGUUUCAUUACCCUCCUGGUACCCUUUGUCUUCAUCCUUGCCUCCUAUGGGCGCAUCCUCAGGGCUGUGCUGAAGAUGAACUCAACUAAAGGUCAAAAGAAGGCUUUCUCCACCUGCAGCUCCCACCUCACUGUGGUAAUUAUCUUCUAUGGGACAGCAAUCUCCAUGUAUAUGAUGCCCCAAGACAAGGCCAGCAGGGACUGGGACAAAAUCAUCUCCAUGCUUUAUGGUAUUGUGACACCCAUGCUCAACCCCCUAAUCUACAGCCUCCGGAACAAGGAUGUGAAGGGGGCCUUACAGAAACUAUGUGGGGAGAAGAAUGCCCCCUAA